AUGGAUUUCUUAAAGCGCGACACGAAACGGUCUUGUUCUUCAGCAGAUGAUACACCAGAUCCAUAUGCCGACGACGAUGUCUAUCCAGUGCAUGUACUAGAUGACACGAAGACUUUCCGCGGCAUCUUAGUCACAUGGACACUCUGCUUCAACGAUGUUGCCGAUGGCAGACUAGAAAUCCACGUCCCCCGUGCCUUCACAUCCUCCCGCCCCGCCUUCUCCUACACACACGACAGUAUCAAUACUUCCAUCCAGGACCACGAAUUAGCUAGGAAACUGCCCUUAUCAUCCAACGGAUGCAUUAAAACCAUUCCCGGACCUACAGACUUCAACGACCUAGCCGCUUCACCCUCCACACCCGCAACAAUCGAAGAUCUCCUCUCCGGGGACGUACCCCAGAUCUCCCUCCACAUAACCUCCUUCACCAAUGCAACACUUAUAGGCUUAUCAUGGCCGCACACCCUAAUGGAUCUUAUGGGCCGAGCUGCUUUUGUUCAAGCGUGGUCGAUGCUAUUAGCCGGUCGGGAGGCUGAAAUACCGCCUGUGCUGGGUGCGCGGGAAGACACAUUGAUGGCGUUGACUGAUGGCGCUACCAGCGCGGCGGAAGAAUACGUGCUCAAGUCCAAACAGCUGAAAGGACUGAGUCUUGUGAAGUUUGGAGAGAGGUUGGCGUCGGAUAUGUUGACAAGGCCAAAGCCGGUGACAAAGACGAUUUAUCUCCCUGAGAGCGUUAUGGGGAAGUUGAGGGUUAAAGCUGAGGCAGACCUCUGUACCUCUUCUAACAAAGACGACAACGACAACGAUGAUACUAUGGGAAAGAAGGAGAUACCAUUUAUAAGCGACGGCGACAUUCUUACAGCACUCGCCCUCCACUGUAUCGCCUCCUCCCUCCCCACCCCGCGCCCCAUAACUGCCCUGCAUGCAAUGAACUUCCGAUUCCGCCUCCCAUCCCUGAUCAAUGCGAAAGGUGUAUAUCUAUCGAAUAUGCUCGUCGCCUGCUUCACUUUUCUGGGCCCCGCCAUGUCUACCGGUCCCCUAGGUCAGUUUGCUCUUCAUAACAGGCAGACAUUGUUGGAACAAGCAACAGAAGCCAAGUCCUAG